AUGUGGGAGGCGGGAGUUCGUAGUCUCAAGCAUCACUUGCGCCGCGUUCUGAAAGAUCAUACUCUCGGCUUUGAGGAGUUUACAACUCUACUCUAUCGGGUUGAAGCGUGCCUAAAUUCUCGUCCGAUUGCGCCUCUGAACGACACUCUCGAUAAUUAUGAACCGUUGACGCCGGGUCAUUUCUUGAUCGGAUCCGCAAUAACUGCAAGUCCUGAGCCCUCACUGCUCGAUGUGAAAGAAAACCGCCUCACUCGAUGGCAGCUCAUUCGGCAACUCUCGGAAAGAUUUUGGAAACUAUGGGCUCAUGAUUAUGUUAAUACGCUUCAGCAAAGGAGCAAAUGGCGACGGAUUCAGACGCCGAUCAGGGAAGGACAAUUCGUCCUUCUUCGCAAUCCCGCAUUGCCUCCGUGCAAAUGGGAGCUGGGAAGAGUGACUAGGUGUCAUCCCGGACGAGAUGGGUUGCCGCGUGUCGUUACCGUCAAAACGGCAACCGCGGAAUACUUGCGACCGAUUGUCAAGAUAUGCGUGCUCCCGAUUGAGGGCGAAUCGGAUACGUCUUGA